AAAAGCUAGGUAGCUUUUUAUCAGCGAUUAAACGCUAGCUAGCUUUUUAUCGACGAUAAAAAUGGGUGUAGGAAUGCGUAAAAUAUAUAGUGGUUGUAAAAUUUACUGUAUUUUAUUAAUCUCCCUAAAAUACAGUCGAUCUUGGUUAAUUUUAUUUUUAAUUCACUUAAAUUUUGUUGCCCCCUGGGAAAAAUUCUCGAUCAAAAGCAUAAAAUAAGUCCAGAUUCUAAAACUUUAAACCCGCAUAAAAACUAAUUUUUGGUUCUAUUAUUUAACACUUUUCGUAAGCAGAUCUUUGGAGCCUUGGAAACUAGUAUAUCGUAAACUUAGUGCAAUUUUGUACUAGACGAUCUGGAAUGGAGGUUUCCUAUACGCCCUUUAAACAGAAUCCAUCAGUUAGAGUUAGAUGAAAAUGUGCGCAAUAUUAAACGAAUGAAGUGGUAUCCACCUACAAUUACUCAUUAGCUGUUGAUAACAUCUAAAGUCUCUUUAUUUUUAUUAAUUAUCUUUCAUUUAAAAUCCAGUUUAGUUUUUGAUCUUCUUUAUAUUUUUCCUUUCGUCCUUUUUAUUUGUUAUUUCUUUGUUUGUGUUGCGAUACUCACUUUGAUUGACAUUGGAUGUGAGACCUUCCAAAGCAUUGCACCGAUACGCUUUAGUUUCACUUUUUAUUUGAAAUUGACCAAGUAGGUACGCCCUUGAGAAAUUUUUCUAUAUCUAAUCGCCAAACUUAUCUGUCUUCCGGGGAUAAGAAUAUGGUUUAGACAGAAAUUAUAAUCCAUGCCCAAAUCGUACGGAGGCAAAUAAUAAAUUAUGGCAUGCUACAACGGUCGCCGAGUAAUAUAAUAGUACUUAGUAGUUUCAAUCACCUUUAAAACAUGCGAUUGCUAGUAGUAUUACUCCACAUCACUUAUUUACUAGCUUUUGAAUCACGGGCACCUUUAGUUCGCACUUCUUUAGGAAACAUUAGGGGAUACCACAAGUAUUCGCUGGAGGGUCGAAGAUUUUCCGCAUUUGAAGGUAUUCCAUAUGGACAGCCGCCUGUUGGAGAUUUUCGAUUUGAGGCACCUAGAAAUGUACUUCCUUGGAAUACGACAUUGGAUGCUCGUACUUUAUUUGUAUGCUCGCAAGUAAAGAAUUCGUUUUUUGCAGAUAAACCUGAUCAAGAAGACUGUUUAUAUCUCAACGUGUACGUCCCCAAAGAGCAACCAUCCGAAAAUGACAAAUUUGACGUUGUUGUUAAGAUACACGGGGGCUCAUUUACGUAUGGGGAUGGUAGCGUGGCAUCACCUGGUUUCAUUAUGGAUCGUGACCUAGUAUACGUUAACUUGAACUAUAGGCUUGGUCCUUUAGGAUUUUUAAGUACUGGAGAUAAUAUCGUACCAGGAAACAAUGGGCUUAAAGAUCAACAGCUUGCACUUCAAUGGGUUCAAACACAUAUUAAACAAUUUGGAGGCAAUCCUAAUUCGGUUACUCUUAUGGGUCAAUCGGCAGGUGGUGUUUCAGUUCAUUUUCACUAUUUUUCUCCAAAAUCUAGAGGUUUAUUCCACAGAGGUUUAUCACAAAGUGGCACUGUGCUACUGCCUUGGGCGAUUCAAGCGGGUCCCUUAAAAGGGGCGCAAACACUAGCUGCGUCGUUGAAUUGUGAAAAUUCAGAUACACGAAUGAUGAUAGCCUGUUUGAAACAUGUUCCCGUUCACGAUCUCCUUUCAAAAGCCAAAAAUCUUUUCCGUUUGAAUACAUUGCCUUUAGCUCCGUUUGCACCUGUAGUUGAGGUUGAGUCAGACACUGCCUUUAUGACAAAACACCCUUACCUACAAUUGUUAAGUGGAGAAGUAUACGAUGUUCCAUGGUUAGCGUGGAGAACAUCCGAUGAAGGAAUCUUUCUUGGUGUCUUAGCACCCCCUGCACCCUAUGACGAAAUUGAAAAGCAUUGGGAUGAAUGGGCUCCGUGCGUGUUCAACUACGAUUUCACUGUGGCUGACAGCCAGAAAACUGCAGUGGCUCAUAAAAUUAAAUCGUACUACUUCCAAAAUGAGACAGUCUCCCAUAGGAAUGUUAAGAAAUUCUCUGACCUAAUGGGCGAUCGGUAUUUUAAUGUGGGAUUUGAAGAGGCAAUAGCAAUGCAAGCCAACCUUGGAAAAUCGCCAGUAUACGCCGGCAUAUACUGCUUCAAUAAGACAAAUGGUUUGGCCAAAGGCAGUGGUGUAGAUGGGGUGACACAUGGGGAUGAUAACUUAUUAUUACACGAUGAUAAACCUAUACGAGAUAUUAGACUGUCAACACCAGAAACAGACAUAAAAAACUUUCUAUUGGAUAUUCUUUCGUCGUAUGCGAAAAACGGUAAACCGGAGGCGACUGGGAUAAAUUGGGAACCAGUGGCUCAGGGGAAGUUUAAUUACUUAUUGAUGUGCGAUGCUGACGAUUCCCAUAUGGUGGAAAAAGUCGAAUUUGGUGCCGAACAGUUUUGGGAAAGUUUGGACAUUAAGGAAAACGGUCCAGAUUUUCCACCGACUCCGAACAAAAAAUCUGAUGCCAACCGCUACGAACAGAAUUUAAACUUACCGUCUGUUACACUGUAUUUUUUCUUUAUGUUGUUUCAAUAAAGUUUGAAUGUGGUGUAUAG